AUGACCGCGCGCUCCGCGGAGACCGCGCGCCGCUGCCUGCUGGCUUUCGUGCUGUGCUGCGGCUUGGGGGCGCUGGCGGUGGUCGCCCAGAAGCCAGGCGCCGGCUGUCCGAGCCGCUGUCUGUGUUUCCGCACCACCGUGCGCUGCAUGCAUCUGCUGCUGGAGGCCGUGCCGGCCGUGGCGCCGCAGACCUCCAUCCUGGACCUUCGCUUCAACAGGAUCAGAGAGAUCCAACCUGGGGCUUUCCGGCGGCUGAGGAACUUGAACACACUGCUUCUCAACAAUAAUCAGAUCAAGAAGAUCCCGAGCGGAGCGUUUGAAGACCUGGAAAAUUUAAAAUAUCUCUAUUUGUACAAGAAUGAGAUCCAGUCAAUUGACAGGCAAGCGUUUACGGGACUUGCCUCUCUAGAGCAACUAUACCUGCACUUUAACCAAAUAGAGACUCUGGACCCAGCCUCCUUUCAGCACUUACCCAAGCUCGAGAGGCUAUUUUUACAUAACAACAGGAUCACACACUUGGUUCCUGGGACAUUCAAUCACUUGGAGUCCAUGAAAAGAUUGCGACUGGACUCCAACGCACUUCACUGUGACUGUGAGAUACUGUGGCUGGCAGAUCUGCUGAAGGCUUAUGCGCAGUCUGGGAACGCACAGGCGGCGGCCACCUGCGAAUAUCCCAGACGCAUCCAGGGAAGAUCGGUGGCGACCAUCACCCCAGAGGAGCUGAACUGUGAGAGGCCUCGGAUCACGUCAGAGCCGCAGGAUGCGGACGUGGUGCCCGGGAACACUGUGUACUUCACCUGUCGGGCGGAAGGCAACCCCAAGCCUGAGAUCAUCUGGCUUCGGAACAAUAAUGAGCUGAGCAUGAAGACAGACUCCCGCCUAAACCUGCUGGACGAUGGGACCCUGAUGAUCCAGAAUACGCAGGAGACAGACCAGGGCAUCUACCAGUGCAUGGCGAAAAAUGUAGCUGGAGAAGUGAAGACACAGGAGGUGACCCUCAGGUACUUUGGGUCUCCAGCGCGACCGGCUUUUGUGAUCCAGCCGCAGAACACGGAGGUGCUGGUGGGAGAGAGCGUUACGCUGGAGUGCAGCGCCACGGGCCACCCCCCACCGCGGAUCUCCUGGACCCGAGGGGACCGCACAGCCCUGCCCGCCGACCCCCGGGUGAACAUCACACCCUCUGGUGGCCUGUACAUACAGAAUGUGGCCCCCGGAGACAGCGGGGAGUACACCUGCUUUGCCUCCAACGGCAUCGACAGCAUCCACGCCACCGCCUUCAUCAUCGUCCAGGCUCUUCCGCAGUUCACUGUGACUCCUGAGGACAGAGUGGUCAUUGAGGGUCAAACGGUUGAUUUCCAGUGUGAGGCGACAGGCAACCCGCAGCCAGUCAUCGCUUGGACCAAGGGAGGCAGCCAGCUCUCUGUGGACAGGCGGCACCUGGUGCUGUCCUCAGGCACACUGAGGAUCUCGGGGGUGGCGCUGCACGACCAGGGCCAGUAUGAGUGCCAGGCCGUCAACAUCAUCGGCUCCCAGAAGGUGGUGGUGCACCUGACCGUGCAGCCCCGAGUCACCCCAGUGUUCACCAGCGUUCCCAGCGACUUGACGGUGGAGGUGGGCACCAAUGUGCAGCUCCCAUGCAGCUCCCAGGGCGAGCCACAGCCGGCCAUCACCUGGAACAAGGAUGGGGUUCAGGUAACAGAAAGUGGGAAGUUUCACAUCAGCCCUGAAGGAUUUUUGACCAUCAAUGACGUUGGAACCGCAGAUGUGGGUCGCUAUGAAUGUGUGGCCCGGAACACGAUUGGAUACGCCUCGGUGGGCAUGGUGCUCAGUGUGAACGUUCCCGACAUCAGCCGAAACGGGGACCCAUUUGUCGCCACCUCCAUUGUGGAAGCGAUUGCAACUGUGGACAGGGCCAUCAACUCCACGCGGACGCACUUGUUUGACAGCCGGCCUCGUUCUCCCAAUGACCUGCUGGCCCUGUUCCGGUACCCGAGGGACCCCUACACCGUGGGACAAGCCCGAGCAGGAGAGAUUUUCGAGCGGACCCUGCAGCUCAUCCAGGAGCACGUGCAGCAUGGCCUGAUGGUCGACCUGAACGGAACGAGUUACCACUACAAUGACCUGGUGUCCCCGCAGUACCUGAGCCUCAUCGCCAACUUGUCAGGCUGCACCGCCCACCGGCGAGUGAACAACUGCUCCGACAUGUGCUUCCACCAGAAGUACCGGACCCACGACGGCACCUGCAACAACCUGCAGCACCCCAUGUGGGGCGCCUCGCUCACGGCCUUCGAGCGCCUGCUGACAGCCGUGUACGAGAACGGCUUCAACACGCCCCGCGGCGUCAACCCCCAGCGGCUCUACAACGGGCACGUGCUGCCCAUGCCCCGCCUGGUGUCCACCACGCUGAUCGGCACGGAGGCCGUCACGGCAGACGAGCAGUUCACGCACAUGCUGAUGCAGUGGGGCCAGUUCCUGGACCACGACCUGGACUCCACGGUGGUGGCCCUGAGCCAGGCCCGCUUCUCCGACGGGCAGCACUGCAGCUCUGUGUGCAGCAACGACCCCCCCUGCUUCUCCGUCAUGAUCCCACCCAAUGACCCCCGCGUGCGCAGCGGUGCCCGCUGCAUGUUCUUUGUGCGCUCCAGCCCCGUGUGCGGCAGCGGCAUGACGUCCCUGCUCAUGAACUCCGUGUACCCACGGGAGCAGAUCAACCAGCUCACCUCCUACAUCGACGCGUCCAAUGUGUACGGCAGCUCAGACCACGAGGCCCGCAGCAUCCGGGACCUGGCCAGCCACCGCGGCCUGCUGCGGCAGGGCAUCGUGCAGCGCUCCGGGAAGCCCCUGCUGCCCUUCGCCACCGGACCCCCCACCGAGUGCAUGAGGGAUGAGAAUGAGAGCCCUAUCCCCUGCUUCCUGGCUGGGGACCACCGGGCCAACGAGCAGCUGGGCCUGACCAGCAUGCACACGCUGUGGUUCCGUGAGCACAACCGCAUCGCCACAGAGUUGCUGAAGCUGAACCCGCACUGGGACGGGGACACCAUCUACCAUGAGACCCGCAAGAUCGUGGGGGCAGAGAUCCAGCACAUCACCUACCAGCACUGGCUGCCCAAAGUCCUGGGGGAGGUGGGCAUGAAGAUGCUGGGCGAGUACCGGGGCUACGACCCCAACGUCAACGCUGGUAUCUUCAACGCUUUCGCCACCGCAGCCUUCAGGUUUGGCCACACGCUCAUCAAUCCUGUGCUCCAGAGGCUGGACGAGAACUUGCAGCCCAUCGCGCAGGGCCACAUCCCCCUCCACAAAGCCUUCUUCUCACCCUUCCGGAUCGUGAACGAGGGGGGCAUCGAUCCACUGCUCAGGGGUCUCUUCGGGGUGGCAGGGAAGAUGCGUGUGCCCUCUCAGCUGCUGAACACGGAGCUCACAGAGCGGCUCUUCUCUAUGGCGCACACAGUGGCCCUCGACCUGGCUGCCAUCAACAUCCAGCGGGGCCGGGACCACGGCAUCCCGCCCUACCAUGACUACAGGGUCUACUGCAACCUGUCCGCCGCCCACACCUUUGAGGACCUGAAGAACGAGAUCAAGAACCCUGAGAUCCGCGAGAAGCUGCGAAGACUGUACGGCUCCACCCUCAACAUCGACCUGUUCCCGGCCCUCAUGGUGGAGGACCUGGUUCCUGGCAGCCGCCUGGGGCCCACUCUGAUGUGCCUGCUCAGCACACAGUUCCGGCGCCUGCGGGAUGGGGACAGGUUGUGGUAUGAAAACCCCGGGGUGUUCUCCCCCGCCCAGCUGACGCAGCUCAAGCAGACGUCCCUGGCCAGGAUCCUCUGCGACAACUCAGACAACAUCACCCGUGUGCCAGGGGACGUGUUCAGGGUGGCUGAGUUCCCACAUGGCUAUGGCAGCUGCGAGGACAUCCCCCGCGUGGACCUGCGGCUGUGGCAGGACUGCUGCGAAGACUGUAGGACCAGGGGACAGUUCAACGCGUUUUCCUACCACUUCCGAGGCAGGCGGUCUCUGGACUUCAGCUACAGGGAGGACAAGCCCCGCCGGGGAAUGCGACCCCGGAAGAUGCGAAGUGUGCUGAAACCCAGCGAACUACAGGGCAACACCACCUCAGCCGCCCGGGAGCGCCCGGGAGCACCAGCGACCAGCGACUUCCGAGAGUUUGUCCUGGAAAUGCAGAAGACCAUCACAGAGCUCAGGAAGCAGAUCAACAGGCUGGAGUCCCGGCUCAGCACCACAGAGUGUGUGGAUGCCAGUGGAGAGCCCCGUGUCAACAGCGCCACGUGGAGACCCGACCCCUGCACCGUCUGUGGGUGCAAAGACGGGCAGGUCACCUGCUUCGUGGAAUCCUGCCCUCCUGCCACCUGCCCCGAGCCCGUGGAAGCGGAAGGAGCCUGCUGUCCAGUCUGUGUGGAGAAAGGCACGGAGGAGAAGCCCUAG